UCCUUUUUAAUCCGCAGCGACUCCUGGAAAAUGUUUUAUUUCAUCUGAACAUGCAACCCCAAAAUUUGAAGAAGACCGAUAACUGGACUUUCUCAUGUAGACUAGACGCGCAUUAUUUUUACGCAUGAAAUGAUGCGCUCCCAUCGUAGAGGAUCAAGAGGAUUUAAGCUUAUGAUGCUGCCAUCCAAAGUAUAUAUAACCCCUUUAUGCUUGGAAGAAGUGAAUAUGUGACCCUGGGACCUUCCUGCUGACCAUCAUGGGAUGUGGCACCUCUGCUACCGCUGUAACACAUAGAGAGACACCAGAAACGGAUGAAGCCGUGAAAAGUCCCAGCCCGGCUCUGACAAUGAAGGCAGCUGUUUUAAUUCAGCGGUGGUACCGGCGCUACAUGGCCAGACUGGAGAUAAGGCGGAGGUACACCUGGAACAUUUUCCAGUCCAUCGAGUACGCUGGAGAACAGGACCAGCUACAGCUGUCCAGUUUCUUCACAUACAUGCUGGACAACUUCACUCAGCUUAAUGGAAACGGACCUGAUUUGAUCUCCCAGCUGCUGGACCCUGUCCUUGACCCCUGGUUUGACAGAGAGACCUGCUACAAAACAAUCUCCAUCCCAGAGUCUUACACUGGACCUCGUAUUUCCUUUCCUCUUUCUGUCUCUGAUACUAAUGCCCUCCUCAGUGCAUUUAAGGAGCAGCAGGUUCUGCAUGCCAGGUAUGUCCUUCAGCUGCUGUUUGAAACCAAAAAGCUCCUCAAAGAGAUGCCAAAUAUUAUUCAUUUGUCGACGUCUUACACCAAGGAGAUCACCAUAUGUGGUGACCUUCAUGGCCGGCUGGAUGACUUACUUCUGAUAUUCUAUAAGAAUGGACUACCUUCUGCUGAGACACCCUAUAUCUUUAAUGGAGACUUUGUGGAUCGUGGGAAAAAGUCGGUAGAAGUGGUUAUCCUCCUGUUUGCCUACCUUCUGCUUUACCCAGACCAUAUGCACCUGAACAGAGGAAACCAUGAGGAUCACAUAAUGAACCUCAGAUAUGGAUUCACAAAAGAAGUUAUGCAGAAGUAUAAGACCCAUGGGCGGGAGAUCCUCCAGCUGUUUCAGGACGUUUUCAGCCUUUUACCCAUCGCAACAGUCAUUGAUGCUAAGAUCCUGAUUGUGCACGGAGGAAUUUCAGACCAGACUGACCUGGAAAUGCUCAACUCCAUAGAAAGACACAAGGUGAAAUCUGCCUUGAGGUUUCCCAGGCACAGCUUAGAGCAGCUCGACAUUGGUCAGUCCCACCGGCUGGGCAAAAGAAUGAGAUCAACAGACAGCUCGCAUAGCAGUCGCAGCUACACUGAGAACCACAGAACCCCCAGUCUGAGAAAGAGGAGAUGUGGGGUCAGCCGGAGAGACAGCGGAGCCUCCACUUCUUCCUCCUCAUCUUCCUCGUCGUCCUGUUCCUCGCUGUGCUCUCCUCGAACUCCCUCCUGCAUCUCGCCUCAAACGUACCCAUCAUCUCCCAGCACCCCUCACAAUGUCCUCCAGGUGCCUUUCCUGGACUCUCUAUGCUCGGUUCCACUCCCAUCGCCUCCACAACAGGAACAGGAGUGGAAACAGAUAGUGGAUAUAUUGUGGAGUGACCCUAAAACACAAGAGGGCUGCAUGCCGAACACUUUCAGAGGUGGAGGCUGCUACUUUGGUCCUGACAUCACUCAGAGGUUGCUGCAUCAGCACAGGCUGCAGCUUCUCAUCCGCUCUCAUGAGUGCAAACAGGAGGGAUAUGAGCUCUGUCAUGAUGGAAAGGUGAUCACCAUAUUCUCAGCUUCAAACUAUUAUGAGGAGGGAAGCAACCGUGGUGCUUACAUCAAACUGGGCAAGGAACUGGUUCCUCGCUUCUACCAGUACCAAGUCAGCCGCACCACCCGCAGGCUCACACUAACACAGAGAGUUCGUGUAGCUGAAGGCUCAGCUCUCAGGGCCCUUAAGGAGAAACUGUUUGCCCAUCGAUCUGAGCUUAUGGCAGCCUUCCAGCAGUAUGACCAAAAUGAAACAGGUUGUGUGUCAGUCGGUGAAUGGGCCAAGGUACUGGAGUCUGUUCUGAGACUGGACCUGCCAUGGAGAACUCUUCGUCCACACUUGGUUCAUCUGGCACCAGAUGGCAGUGUUGAGUAUCAGUCCAGCUUUGAGGACGUGGGACCAGGAGCUCCUCUACCACAGGUUGCUCCCAAUUUGGCUGAAACUCUGUUCAGAUACAGGACUGACUUGGAGAUCAUUUUCAACAUCAUAGACAAAGACCAUUCAGGUCUGAUAUCUAUUGAGGAGUUUCGCCACACCUGGCGCCUGUUCAGCGCUCACCUGGGGGUGGCUAUUGACGACAGCGCCAUCGACGAGCUGGCCCGCAGUAUUGACUUCAACAAGGACGGCAGCAUAGACUUCACAGAGUUCUUAGAGGCUUUCAGGGUGGUGCACAAGCUGGACAUGAAAGAACAACUGAGCCAAAAAAUGGGCAGAAAAAAGUAUUCAUAAAAAUAUGACAUGUUUGAAAGAAGCUAAAAGAGAGGGAAGAUUAAAGAAAGGCAGAGUAAGUAGAGUUGGAUCCAAUCUAUCAUUGACUGGGAAUUUUGUACAGUUUCUUUUAAAGGGGUCAUAGAAUGCAAAGCUGAGUUUACAUUGUCAUAGAAGAAUAACGAUAGUUCAGUGGGUGAAAUGGACGUACAGAGAAGUUCAAACCCCAUCAACGCCUCCUUUCUCUGCAAAUUUGACAAUUAUACACUACCACCAUAAAACGGGCGAAUACAAACGAAGCCCCGAGGUGACAUAAACUGCGGGACUUCACGCCCUGAAACUGACAUACCAGCCCACUGGUUGUAUGCCUGCUGAGCCGCUGACUAGACUGAGCCUUGAGCUACCCGUCCUCAGCCAAAGGAGGGGGCUUGGGGCCGGUAAGGCCAGCUGGGAAGCACGAGUCCACCUGUGUCCAGGCUACCGGGUCGGGGUCGGUCGCUCCGUUCCCCACUGGCUCCCUGCCCCCAUCUACUGGGGUUCCCGGACCAGCCCCGAAGCUGACAGCUCGGUUCGAGUGCACUGCAGUACCUGCUGCACUGUAGUCGACCAAAACACUAACCUGUCAUUUCAUUCUAGGGCUUUUAACCAGGCUUGCAUUAGGGCUCAUAGACCAGCAAAUAUAUCAUUUUCAUCCCAACCAAUGUUACACACCCUAUUCAGAGGCCUUAAGGACCAGCACCAAAUACCUUAUGUAAUCAUUCUAUGACCCCUUUAAGUUUUACUAACAUAUUUUGAUUUGUUGUACGGACUCUUUUUGACUGGCUGUGCAAUAAAAUGUCUUUUGAAAUAAAGUAAAUGAAAAUUAACUACUUGUU